GACAGCAGCAGGUUUCCAACCACCAUCAUUCACACCUGAGAGCACUCAGACUCUGUAGCCUGCCAUUUUGAAGAACAGCACAAUUUCUUCUUGACUUGAUAAUAUAAUACACGCAGAGAGAGAGAAGGAAAGCAUCCAAGUUUGUAAUUGUGGGACACCAUGUGGGACGUUACAAAAGUGUCACUACUCCUGUCUUUCCUGGUGGCAGUGGCAGCGGCUCAAGGGCCCUUCAGGAACAGCUCUCUGCUCAGGAAGUGGAGUCAGACAGACAGGAGCAGGAAGCUGGCCUACAACAUGCUUACUGAGCCACAGCAGACCACAGGCGUGACUGAAUGGACGUCCUGGUUCAACAUCGACCAUCCAGGGGGGAAUGGAGACUACGAGCGGUUAGAGGCCAUCCAGUUCUACUAUAGGGAGAGGGUGUGUGCCCGGCCGGUGGCCAUGGAGGCCCGCACCACGGACUGGGUGGCAGCAGCAGAGACUGGGGAGGUGACUCAUUCCAGCCUGGAGAAGGGCUUCUGGUGCAUCAACAAGGAGCAGGCCUACGGACGCAUCUGCUCCAACUACUACGUCCGCUUCCAGUGCCCACCAGUUCAGGCCUACUGGAUGGACUGGUCUGCCUGGGGCCCCUGCUCUGCUACAGCCUGUAAUGACGUGGGCAUUCAGGUCCGUCAGAGGAAGUGUAUGAGCAUCCAGCCCAUGCCCUUGCUACUGGUUCCGCCAUGCCAGGGGCCCCAGACAGAGAGGAGGGAGUGUGCCACCCUGCCAUGUGAAGCCAAGUGGACUCAGUGGGGUACGUGGGGAGCAUGCUCAGUGACCUGCGGCAAGGGUCGCAGGAUCAGAAGGAGGACCUGUGUGAGAACCUCUAUAACAGUGCAGUGUGUUGGUCGAGCAGCUGAAAUCCAGAAAUGUGGGAAAAAUCCAUGCCCACCCAAAUGUAAGCGUGAGUGUCCCGAUGGCCGUCCCAGUGAGGACUGUAGCCGCUGUGUGUGUGUGGGCCACAUGCUCCAAGGAGAGGUACUCAGUAUGACCGGUGUCCCCGUGAUGGGGGCCAGGAUAGCGCUGGCCAGCAGACCCAAGAUCAUCCGUACCCGCACUGACGCCAAAGGCCUCUUCAGGCUCCCAGGGGUCUGCUCCAGCUCCCCCAGCCAGCUCUACAUCAGGAAGGAGAAGUUUGCCCCGGCCACUGCAUCCACCUCCAGCAACAGCAGCGGGUCAUCCUGGGUACGGGCAGUUCUAAAGUACGCAGAGAAGCCAUACAUUGUAAAGCACCCAGAGGACAAAGUGCGCUAUGAGGGACAGCGUGUGAUGUUAUGCUGCAAGGCAGCAGGGGCGCCCAUGCCAGACAAGUACUACUGGUAUCACAAUAGGACCCUAUUGGACCGGAACGUGUUCAAAUAUGAAGAGGAUCUGGUGCUGAGAGACCUGAAGCCUGAGCAGACAGGACAUUACUACUGUAAAGCCAGCAGCCAAACAGGAAGCAUCAAGUCCUCACAGGCAUUCCUCAGCGUUAUCGCUAAAGGCACGCCGGCAUGCAACCCCACACCUAUGAACCACCUCAUUAGGCUGCCCAUGGACUGUGUUCAGCCUGGGACUGACUCUAAGCUCUACAACGCUGGCCGCUGCACCCACAACAAGUGUGUAGGCUCCCUGGACUUCGACCUGCGCUGCAGGGAUGGAGGUGGCUACUGCUGCGGGGUCCAAAAGAUGGAGAGCCGGGUGAUCAACUGUGGGAGCUACAGCCUACCCAUCAAAGCUGUGACUGAGUGUGGCUGUCUGAAGUGUGUGGUGCCCAAGGUGCUUGUGCGUGGCAGGGUGGUCACAGUUGACAACAAUGAACCACUGCGUUUCGGGCACAUGUACGUUGGCAAGGAGAGAGUGGGCACCACAGGGUACAAAGGAGGUUUCACGCUCAAUAUAACCCCAGACACAGAGAGGCUAGUGGUCAACUUUGUGGAUCCCACAGAAAAAUUCAUUGACACUCCUAAGGUGUUUAUCUUUGACAAGAGAGGGGGCUCUGUUUACCAUGACGUGAAGGUGAUGAGAAAGCAGGAACCUAUUGAUAUCAAUGCUGGAGAGACAAAUACCAUUGACUUAGGAGAUAUCAAAGGAGAGGACCCCAUUGGACAGAUUGUCAUACCUCCAAAUUCUUUCCACAAAAACAAUGGGGAGGUGUACGAAGGUACGGUGAAAGCCAGUGUCACCUUCAUUGACCCCAGGAACAUCACCACAGCUGCUGCAGCGCCUGGUGAUCUCAACUUUGUGGACGAUGAGGGUGACAUGCUUCCACUGAGGACAUAUGGGAUGUUUUCCGUUGACUUCAGAGAUGAGAUGAACCAGGAAGUCCUAGGGGCUGGAGCGGUACAAGUACUCCUAGACACACAGCACGUCAAAAUGCACGAACACAUUCCCAAAAUGAAACUGUGGUCCCUCAACCCAGACACAGGUGUCUGGGAGGAGGAGAGUGACUUUCACUACACUCAGACCACAUCGAGUGGUAAUGGACGGCGCAAGCGAGAGGAGCGCACUUUCCUCAUAGGUAAUAUGGAAAUCAGGGAGCGCCGACUUUUCAACCUGGAUGUGCCUGAGAACCGCCGCUGCUACGUCAAAGUGAGGGCGUACAUGAGUGACAAAUUUCUGGCCACUGAGCAGUUGGAAGGUGUGGUCAUCAGCCUGAUAAACCUGGAGCCCAAGCCUGGCUUCUCCUCUAACCCCAGAGCAUGGGGUCGCUUUGACAGUGUGAUAACUGGACACAACGGCGCCUGCCUGCCAGCCUUCUGUGAUGCUCAGGUGCCUGAUGCUUACACAGCUUACGUCACAGGCAUUAUGGGUGGUGAAGAACUGGAAGCAGCUCCCUCAACCCCCAAGAUGAACCCAAACAUCAUUGGAGUGUCUCAGCCAUAUUUAGACAAGAUAGACUACCAGCGUUCAGACCACAAUGAUCCAGCUCUUAAGAAAACAGCCUUCAGAAUUCACUUGGCAAAACCCAACCCCAAUAAUUUGGAAGAGACCAACGGGCCAAUAUACCCCUAUCAGAGUUUAAUAUCCUGUGAAAAUGCUGAAGUCAAUGCCAACCAUUUCCGAUUCUUCAGAGUGGAAAAGGACAAAUACGAAUAUAACGUUGUGCCCUUUCAAGAGAACGACUUAACAUCGUGGACAGGUGACUACCUCUCUUGGUGGCCCAACCCUCAAGAGUUCAGGGCUUGCUUCAUCAAGGUCAAGAUCCAGGGGCAAAGGGAGGUUAUGAUAAGGUCACAGAACCAUGGAGGCACCCAUCCUGAGACUGCAGGCCAGCUGUACGGCAUCAGAGACAUUCGCAGUACCCGCGACAUGCACGUGGCCAACAUCUCAGCAGCUUGCCUUGAGUUCAAGUGCAGUGGUAUGCUCUUCGACCAAGCCGCAGUCGAUAGGUCCCUCAUAUCAGUCCUCCCACAGGGCAACUGUCGGAGAGUGGGCAUCAACAGCCUCUUAAAGGAGUACCUGACCAAGCACCCCCCUACCUCACCGAACAACGAGUCCCAUGCCUUCAACAUGCUGGCCCCCGUCGACCCCUUGGGGCACAACUAUGGCAUCUACACAGUCACGGACCAGAACCCAAGGGUGGCAAAAGAGAUCGCCAUUGGACGCUGUUUUGACGGUACCUCUGACGGCUUCUCCAGAGAGAUGAAGUCAGACACUGGGGUUGCUCUGACCUUCAGCUGCCCAGAGAGGACUUUAACCAGGGAGAGUCUCUUCCAACGCCUCCAGACAAACCCCAGCCAGACCCUGUCUCAGAUGGCAAGGGACAUGAGGGAGGCGCAGGGGCUGCAGGUCCGAGGAAGGUCCUCCCGGGUAGUGACCUACCCCUCUGAAUCCACGAGCCGCAGAUCCAGCUCCUCUAGCAGGAGGAMAUCUACGAUGCGGACACAGGACCGGCAGUAGAUCUGCCGUUAAGUCUUUGGGUUAGAAAUGAAGAUGACUUACUCUCACAAACAAAAGAAGGAAAUGUCAAGUUGUGUCAGCCUGGUGAUGUUGGAUGUGAACUUUCUCUGAACACAGUACAGUAAUCUAUUGAAACAGUAACCACUCCAGCAAAACCACACAGGAGAGAGAAAUUAAGACUUUUUUUCUCUGAAACUUACUGGAAGGGUUUGGCAAUACAUAUCAGUAUUAAUUGUAUUCCUUGAGAAGAAAUACAUUUCUUUAGCUUUCAUCAGUCCAGUAAAGCAAAGGAUAUUUAUUUAAUUGGCAUUAAUAGGAUUUUAAGACGGAAACCAAUUUCCGAGAAAUAUUUGGAUUUAUCGCGUUCCACAUUAACCAUCGUUAACCAACCCUCUUUUCUGAUAUCUCUGAUCGCUUGAGUUAUAACCAACUGCAACUGUAAACGCCAGUCAAAAUGAUAAACACUUCAUAAUCAGUCAACGCUUUCCAAGAUCAAAGGAACAUGAGGUCCUAGUGAUCUAGUUUGUUUGUAACAGACAGUGGGCCCCUUUUCUAGAAACCAGGAAGUAUUUUCUGCCAAAAAGAGGCAUUAUUUAAGAAGAUGCAAUGGGGUGCAAGGAGUUAUCGAGUUUGUGGAACAGAGGACGCUUCUUAGUGCGCUUGUUUCUUGCGUUUUUCUCUCCAAAUAAGUAUGUCACAUUUCCAACUGAGAUCCAGACCUUUACUCUAACCUGAAUACAACAUACAACAUGCACCAGGCCCCAGCCAACACAAGCGUCCCUUAUCAAAACGCAUCUCAGCAAGUUGACUGAACAGAGCCUGCGGUAGGGGACCUGGGAGAGAGAGGAGAUUGUGGGGGAUGACACAAUUCCCUUCAGUCCUCAGUUCCCACAAAGUCCCCAAGUACUCAUCCAACACACUUCUCUGUCUGUUCUUCAACAUCCCCCCAACAUUACUGUCAGGAAUGUAAAAAAACUAAAACAAAUCAACAUCAAAGAAGAAACCCUAUUUAUACAUUGCAGAUAAUUAGCUAGGUUAGUUCCAAGACUAAAUUGACUGUAUUGUUGUUAAAUGUGGGAGUGUCUGUCUUUGUCUCAUCAAGUGCAAUAGCUAUGUUCUAUUUUGACCUGAGAGCCCUUGCAAAUCAUCACGUGACAAGCCAAUUAUAUACUGCACCAGGUACUGCUGGUAAAUAGGGUAAAUCCUUCAGUAAGUUUGGCUGUGGUAUACCGAGUGUAUUUGUAAGGGACCUUGUACAGGAUUCAAUUGCUUUUUGAAUUACAGUGUAUAACAAUCAUUUAAAUGUUAGGUAAUCAUUUUACACUGUCAGUACCACAUAUAUUUCUGAUAUUUCUGCAAUCUGCUCCCAUUAUAAUGUUUUCAUAUCUUGCUGCAUGACACAUUAACUUUUAGCAAGAAGUGUACAAUCAUAUUUUCAGUUUAGAGAACACAGUCCCUUUCCAGAGGGACAGAUUUAUCUCAAUGGUACUAUUUCCCCAUAGCUACUAAACAACAACUUAUUAAUAUAGUUAACUUGCAGACAGACCUCUGAUUAUUACAGGACCAAUUCCACAAAUUUGUUUCCCAAUGGGAAAAUAGGCUCUGGGCGAAUGAAGUUUUAUUUAAACAGUCCUUCAAAAGAACCAAUUAUGAGCAUGCCGUCUUUCUACCCCUCACUGAGUACGAGUUGUAGAGGUUCUCCAGUGCUUGGGCAUUAGAGUGGCAAGUGGGAAGACAUUCAAAAAGGACCAUUUAAUUGGAUUCAGUAAUGGUAGGAAAGUUCCCCAUUGAUAGUAGGUCCAAACUUGUUUAUCUAUGUAGUGGGUGGCUGUGGGUCCCUUCAGACUGCUGGAGAGCGCCUAGAGCUGAACUAAUCCAAACCCAAAUGAGUGCCUGUAGAACACGGAGGAAGCAAACAUGGCUGGCUCGUAGUUAUCAGCCCAGCUGUUAAUUAGGAAAUACAUUACAGAUACUCUUGAGGGCACUUUGAAGAGAUUAACUUGUCUAGCCCCGGGCUAGCGGAACCCCACCCACAUUCCACUGAAAAGGCAGCGCGCGCGAAAUUCAAAAAUAUUUUUGGGAAAUAUUUUACUUUCACACAUU